AUGGAUCACGUGUUUGCUGUUCUGGAAGAGCAUGCAGCUAAUUUGGAAAACGAAAUUCAGGAGCGAAUGAAAGAGUUAAUUGAAGAAAAGAAAAAAAGUGACUUACUUCUCUACAGAAUGCUACCUAAAGUGGUAGCAGAUAAGCUGAAAGCCGGUCAGUGGGUGGAACCAGAAUCCUUUGAAAGUGUUACGAUAUUUUUCUCCGACGUCGUCUCAUUUACAACGCUCGCAAACAAAAGCACGCCACUGCAGGUCCGGUUUUCAGUUUACAAUAAAUGGUGCUUGAAUUUCAGACUAAAAAGCGUUUCAAACUAA